UAUUAUUUUUUACAACUCUUGGCUUUUAUGACCAGUUUUGAACUCCCUUUCUUAUACUAACAUCCCAACCAUGUCUUUCUAUCCACAGGUAUAGACAGAGGACAAAGGAACUGUGACUCCAAACACCAUGGAAGAACUGAAGGAAAAUGGAUUCGACAAUUCUCAGAAAGAGCUUGAUGCUGGAGCUAUGUUUGUCCUCAAGUCAAAAGGGUCAUGGGUUCACUGUGGGCAUCACUUGACAACUUCAAUAGUGGCCCCAGUCCUUCUAAGUCUGCCAUUUGCGUUGGGGUUGCUGGGUUGGGUUGGAGGAGUCCUUUGCCUGACUUUGGCUGCCCUGGUUACUUUCUAUGCCUACAAUCUCUUGUCUUUGGUUCUUGAGCACCAUGCAAGCCAAGGACGCCGCCUGCUUCGGUUUCGAGACAUGGCUACGGACAUUUUAGGUCCAGGAUGGGGCAAAUAUUUUGUUGGGCCACUGCAAUUAGGAAUAUGCUUUGGAGCUGUAAUUGCUUGCACACUUCUUGGAGGGCAGAGCCUUAAGUUCAUUUACUUGCUGGCAAAUCCAAAUGGGGAAAUGAAGCUUUACCACUUUAUUAUCAUGUUUGGAAGUGUAGUUUUGGUUUUGGCUCAAAUGCCAUCCUUCCACUCCUUAAGGCAUAUUAACCUCAUUUCUCUACUCCUUUGCCUUGCUUACAGCGCUUGUGCCGCCGCUGGUUCUGUAAAUAUUGGAUAUUCCAAGGAUGCACCUAGAAGAGACUACUCUGUUAAAGGAAGCGAAAAGGACCGAAUUUUCGGAACCUUCAAUGCCAUUUCAAUAAUUGCUACCGCAUAUGCCAGUGGAAUCAUACCUGAAAUUCAGGCAACAAUAGCACCCCCAGUGCAAGGGAAAAUGUUCAAAGGGCUAUGUGUGUGUUACAGUGUGAUAGCACUAACAUAUUUCAGCGUGGGAAUAUCUGGAUACUGGGCCUUUGGAAACCAAGCUCAAGGAACAAUUUUAGCCAACUUCAUGGGGGUUGAUAAGCCUUUGCUUCCUGCUUGGUUUCUUGUCAUCACCAAUGCCUUUGCUGUUACACAAGUUUUGGCUGUGACUUUGGUUUACUUGCAGCCAACAAAUGAAGUGUUUGAGAAUAAGUUUGCAGACCCAAAGAUGGAGCAGUUCUCCACUCGAAACAUCAUUCCAAGGCUGAUUUUCCGAUCACUAUCUGUUAUUGUGGGAACUUUUUUUGCAGCGAUGUUACCUUUCUUCGGAGAUCUAAUGGCACUGUUUGGUGCGUUUGGAUGCAUUCCUCUGGAUUUUAUACUGCCAAUGAUUUUCUACAAUGUAACAUUCAAGCCCUCAAAGCGUGGCCUCAUAUUUUGGAUAAACUCAGUCAUAGUGGCGGCUUCAUUAGUUUUGGUAGGAGUUGGCUCUAUAGCUUCUGUUAGGCAGAUAGUUCUUGAUGCCAAAACAUAUCGCUUAUUUGCUAACAUGUAAAAUGUAUUAUAAGUUUUGUAACGUUCCUUAGUAAAAAACUUUUAAAAUUAUAAAGGAGUAUGGUAAAGUAUAUAUUUUUCAUU